AUGAUUGUAUCGUUGAAUCCCAAAUUUGGUCGCAAUGCACACGCUAUGUUUACUGUCAAUACCCAGCGCAUUAUCAUUGGCCACCCAAGUGUGAACAAGGAAACUUCACCUCCUUCGGUAUUCUACUACAACGAGCUCCUCGGUAAUCCUAACUAUCGAGGUGAUCUGGGUGAUCUCUACAGCACACUGUUCGCUGGCGACGUUUUGCACGCCAUGCAGGUCCACCCCGAAUCCAGACAAACCUCCUCUCUUUGUCCCUGGUACCACUUUUACUGCAUUUCUUACCCUCCCUCCUGUGCCACGGAUUCCGCUUUAUCACCGCUGUCGCCACUGCUCAAUCUGAUGCGGCACUCCGUGGAACCAAAAGCUCACCUGAUUGGUAUUCUGUGGAUGACUCCAAUUGACGCCAUUUCCCCCUUCUACCGCGUUCCCAUUCCUCGUCAAGAUGAGGACGCGGAGGAAGAGGUGGAUGAGCACGUCUAUCCGCAACCAGGUUAUCUGCGAUUCCUCACUGUGGCCGCCUUUGUGUCCAACUGGUUGGCGUGGUUCUCUCGAAUUGAGACCUAUUCGUCACUGGGCAUAUCUCGUCACCAGCUAUCCCUAAUAUGUGAGUCCAUGUCGGGAUUUGUGUUGCAGCCUUGGAGUUUGGGAUGCGGACAGUCACCACUUAUUGAUUUGUGGCCCCUUUGGAUGGCUCGGAGACUGCUGAACCUCCUUCUGUGUUGUGUACCAAGCAGUGGUAGGGACAUCUCGCGACACUUCUUUCCAUUCACUGACUUGGAUGACAUUUGA